AUGAAGGAGAGCUUAGCAAGUCGUAUAGUUAUUCAAGCCUUAUUGGAAGAACUAGGUCAAGCUGGUUUUAGCUAUGACAUUGAGUAUGAUCAAGAUGGUCGGCUAACUCAUUUGAUGUUUGCCCAUCCACUUUCAAUUGCUUUGACUAAGAGCUAUACAAAUGUCUUUGUGAUGGAUUGUACGUACAAGACUAACAAGUACAAGAUGCCAUUACUAGACAUCGUUGGAGUCACAAGUUUCAAUACAACUUUCUAUUCUUAUUUUAUCUUCAUACAAAGGGAGGAAGAAGAGAACUACGUACAAGCUUUAACAUUAUUUAGCAAAAUUUUGGGAGCCGACGUUCAUCUUUUGGUGAUCAUAUCUGAUAGAGAAUUGGCGUUGAUGAAUGCUAUUAAUAUUGUAUUUCCAAGAACAACCAACAUUUUAUGUGUUUGGCAUAUUGAGAGAAAUAUAGCUAUAAAUUGUAAGCGCCAUAUUGAAGAAGAAGCUGAUUGGGUCGCUUUAUGGUCUACAUGGACUUCUUUGAUAAAUUCUCAUGAUGGAUCGUCAUUUAAUGAAGCUUGGAUUAAUUUUGAAGUUGAGUAUAAACAAAAGGGUGCUAUUCUUGAUUAUAUCAGAGGUACUUGGCUCCCAUUAAAAGAAAAGCUUGUGAUUGCAUGUACUGGUAAGAUCUCACACUUUGGUAAUCGUGCUACUUCAAGAGGUGAAGGUGCACACUCAAUUUUAAAGAAAUAUCUUCAAGUAUCAAAUGGAGGUAUUCGUGAGGUAAAGGACAAAGUUUGUCUCGCCAUUGAAAACCAGUUUGCUGAAAUCAAAGUCCAACUCUCGAAUGAAAAGAUUCACCAUCCACAUAAAGUUGGUACACCGUUCUUCAAAGAACUUGUUACUCGUAUAUCUAUAUUUGCAUUGGACCAGCUACAAAGACAGUAUGAAUUUGCAAAGUCUCGCAAUCUUUCAUCUCAAUGUAAAUGUCAUUUUUACAAAACCAUGGGCAUUCCUUGUGCACAUAUGAUCAAGGAUCGUAAUUUUGAAGCACCGCAAUUGAAUAGCAUUCAUGAACAAUGGAGAAUUGAUACAAGAUCAUUUGGUGUUUGGUUGGAUAAGGGAGAUGAGAUAGAUGUUCUUUUAUCAAAAGUCAAGAGUCAUCCAGUAGGGUCCAAAAACAAAAAGUCAUCUAGCUCUACAAAACGUGAUCCUUCAGCCUUUGAGAUAGUAGAGAAAAAGUCUCAGAAAUGUAGCUUUUUUCAUGAUGAAGGCCAUGACGUUCGAACUUGUAAAGUGAAAGGCAUAGUUAACUACUGUCUAGUUAGUAAUAUAGCUCUUUUAAGGCAUGAUGAAUACAAGAAGUCUAUUUUGUUUAGAAAUGGGAGGACUAUCAAUCCUGUUUUUGAAGGAUUGUUAUAUUGUCUAGAGCGCUGCUAUGAAGGAGAUGUUGGUUACUUAUAUAGUUAUAUAUCCUAUAGUGACUUGUAUUUUGUUUAG